UGACAGCUAGAGGAAGAAGACACCGCUCACACAACAGUCGAAAAAUGCAAUAGAACAAAGAAAACCGUGCGAAAAAGGGUUCUCUUCUGCCAUCAAGUAAAGAGCCCCUCCCCCUCCAUUGCCCCCAAUCUCCUUCCUAGCUUCGGAGGUUUAUAUGGGGUUUUCCAGUUUCCCAUUUCACUUGCUUCUUCUGGGUUGCUGAAGAAGAAGCUGCUUGCUUUGAUAAUGAAGGAAAUGGGUUUUGACUUUUGCUAGUUGUUGUGGUUGUUGAAAUUUGGGCUGUUCGGUGUUUCUUUCUUCGCCCGGAUUUCGAUUUGCUUGAUUAAUUUCUGGGGUUCCCAAAUGGAGAGCAUUUACAGGUUGCAAUUAAUAGUAAUCCUUAGCUUGGGAAUGUUUAUGUGGGGCAGUUUGUGUGAGGAAAAUGCAGAUGAAAUCACAGCUGUAUAUAUUGUUACUCUGAGGCAAGCCCCUGUUUCUCAUUACUCUGAUGAACUGAGAGUGAAGCGAAAAGGUCUCAAGCACGGUGCUUCAACCACACUGGAUACACCUGGAAACAGUUCGCGGAGAACCUGGCAUCACGGCUCUCGUGUUGCCCGGGUUCAUGAUUCAUUAUUGAGGAAGGUUUUGAGAGGGGAGAGAUAUCUUAAGCUCUAUAGCUAUCACUACUUGAUCAAUGGAUUUGCUGUGCUUGUUACCCCCCUGCAGGCUGACCGGCUUUCAAGAAGGAGAGAAGUUGCAAAUGUGGUUUUGGAUUUUUCAGUUAGGACUGCAACCACCCAUACACCACAGUUCUUGGGUCUACCUCAAGGGGCAUGGGCCCAAGAAGGAGGGUACGAGUCUGCUGGACAAGGAGUUGUGAUUGGUUUCGUUGAUACUGGAAUUGAUCCAACACAUCCAAGCUUCUCUGAUCAUUUAUCUGAAAGUCCAUACCCAGUUCCUGAUCACUUUUCUGGAAUUUGUGAAGUCACUCGAGAUUUCCCAUCUGGCUCUUGCAACAGAAAGCUUAUUGGAGCCCGCCAUUUUGCAGCAUCUGCUAUAACCAGAGGGAUAUUUAACGCAAGUCAGGACUAUGCUUCGCCAUUUGAUGGAGAUGGCCAUGGAACGCACACAGCAUCAAUUGCGGCGGGGAACCAUGGGAUUCCAGUGGUAGUUGCUGGGCAUCACUUUGGGAAUGCAAGUGGAAUGGCUCCUCGUUCACACAUUGCUGUUUACAAGGCAUUGUACAAGAGUUUUGGGGGCUUUGCGGCAGAUGUUGUUGCUGCCAUAGACCAGGCAGCUCAGGAUGGAGUGGACAUCAUAAGCUUAUCAAUCACACCCAACAGGCGGCCUCCUGGAAUUGCAACUUUCUUCAAUCCCAUAGACAUGGCGUUGUUAUCAGCUUUUAAAUCUGGAAUGUUUGUUGUACAAGCAGCAGGGAACACUGGGCCAUCGCCUAAAAGUAUCUCUUCCUUCAGUCCGUGGAUAUUCACGGUUGGUGCAGCCACUCAUGACAGAAUCUAUAGUAAUUCUAUUGUCCUUGGCAACAAUGCCACCAUUCCUGGAGUUGGACUUGCACCGGGAACAGCCAAUGAUACAAUGUAUACACUGGUUUCUGCAAUUCAUGCUCUGAAUGAUACAACAUCUGCAAAUGAUAUGUAUGUGGGUGAAUGCCAAGAUGCCAGUAAUUUUGUUCAGGAUAUUGUACGAGGCAACCUAUUAAUUUGUAGCUAUUCUAUCCGGUUUGUGCUUGGGAUUUCAUCUAUCAAACAAGCCUUGCAAACGGCCAAAAACUUGAGUGCAGCCGGUGUCGUGUUCUACAUGGAUCCUUUUGUCAUUGGAUUUCAGCUUAACCCAGUUCCAAUGGAAUCGCCUGGCAUCAUAAUUCCAACCCCAGAUGAUUCCAAGAUCUUACUUCAAUAUUACAAUUCUUCCUUGGAGAGAGACGGACGCACAAAGAAGAUUAUCAAGUUUGGGGCUACUGCUUCCAUUUCUGGUGGAUUAAAAGCGAACUACAGUUAUUCUGCUCCCAAGAUCAUGUAUUAUUCUGCUAGGGGACCAGAUCCAGAGGAUAACUCUCUUGAUGAUGCUGACAUACUGAAACCAAACCUUGUUGCUCCUGGGAACUUUAUUUGGGCUGCUUGGAGUUCCCUCGGCACUGAUUCGCUUGAGUUUCAAGGUGAGAACUUCGCAAUGCUGUCUGGAACAAGCAUGGCUGCUCCUCAUGUUGCAGGUCUUGCAGCCCUGAUUAAGCAGAAGUUUCCCACACUCAGCCCUUCAGGUAUUGGAUCUGCACUUUCAGCAACAGCUUCUCUCUUUGACAAGAAUGGGGGGCCGAUAAUGGCACAGAGAGCGUACUCGAAUCCAGAUUUGAACCAGUCUCCUGCAACACCGUUUGACAUGGGAAGUGGCUUUGUAAAUGCAACUGCAGCACUGGAUCCCGGCCUUAUUUUUAAUUUGUAUUACGACGACUAUAUGUCAUUCCUUUGUGGCAUAAACGGAUCAGCCCCCGUGGUCCUGAAUUACACCGGUCAGAGCUGUGCAGUCUCCAACAUGAGCGGCGUAGACCUGAACUUGCCUUCGAUCACCAUCGCCAAGCUGAACCAGGCCAGGCUUGUCCAAAGAACCAUAACCAACAUCGCAAGCAAUGAGUCGUACAGUGUGGGCUGGAGCACGCCCUAUGGAGUAUCCAUGAAGGUGGCUCCAGUUCGCUUCUCCAUUGCAGCUGGAGAGAGGCUGGUCUUGAACAUAUCCUUCGUUGCCACCAUGAACAACACUACUGCCAGCUAUGGAAGAAUCGGACUCUUCGGGCAUCAAGGUCAUGUGCUCAACAUUCCUUUGUCAGUCAUCGUUAAAAUCUCUUACAAUGCCACCGGUAGCUGAAGAACUGCUGAUGAUUCUUUUGUAAUUUCCCCUGUUCCCUCCUAAAUUUUUGUAUCUACUUUCCCUGUAAUUUUUCUGAGUAUGCUUGAUUUUUUGAUUCGUAGCCAUGUACAUGCAUGCGUGCAGAAGCAACUGUUUGGUAUGUAGAUAUAGUGUUUGAUUGAUGAUGAAUAAGACUGUAUGUUGCUCUCA